AUGGAGGACUGCCUUCACACCUCCUCCGAAAACCUCUCCAAGCUGGUGAGCUGGGCCCACAGCCAUGGGACCAUCUGCAGCCUCAUCCCCAAUCUCAAGCACCUGCUCUCCGAGGGGGCCCACGGCAACCUGACGGCCAUGUGGGGCUGUAGCGCUGGCCAUGCCUACCACUGGCCCCUGGCCGCCACUUGCCGGGCCGGCUCCCAGGAGCGUGUCUGCUUCCAGGACAGCCGCAGCUUCAACUCGGACAGCCCCAGCAUGCUGGGGGUGCCCUCAGAGGCACAGGCCAGCCCCCUGGAGCGCUACCCAGUACGGCCGGGGAAGGCCAAGCUGGAUUGCACCCGCACCCGUGACUCCUGUGACUUCUCCUACUGCAGCGAGCCAUCGGAGCUGGGCGAGCCCGUGGAGGAGUAUGAGGAUGAGGCCACCCUCUUCGACAUGGUCUGUGAGUCCUCCGUCACCGACGAGGACAGCGACUUUGAGCCGCACCCCCACCGGGCCCCCGCCGGCCCCCGCAAGCGGCCGGCUGCCAGCCUGCCCACCACUGCCCAGGCCCAGCCUGCCGAUGAGGGUGGCAGCGAGGUGCUCCUCAAGAAGAUCAAGCAGGAGCUCCCCGAGGACUACUACAUAGUGGCCAACGCCGAACUGACAGCCGGCGCCGAUGGGCCAGCCCUGGCCUUGACGCAGAUGUCCAAGCCCAAGCCGCAGGCCCAGGCCGGGCCCUCCUGCCUGGGCCCCGCCAGGGCCCUGCCCCAGCCCGCCGCAGGCCCUGACCCUGACCCGCAGCGCCUCUCUGCCUCCCCCCCCGGCCCGCCCCGGCUGGCCACCCAGAGGCCGCCCCGGGGCCCUCUGGCCUCCCCAGCACGGGGGGCAGGCGGUGGUCCCGUGGCCGCCCUGCAGGUGCCAGCCACCAGCUCCAACGCCACCGUUGCCGCCGGGAAACCCAUCAGCAUCCCCCUCUCAGCCCUGCAGCUGCCUGGUCAGGAGGAGCCGCCGGCCGCUGAGGAGACCCUCCCGCCCGCCCUGCAGCUGGCCCCAGGCGGCGAAGCGGCUGGCUCGCCCUCGGUGAGCGCUGAGCCCGAGGUCAGCUCCAGCCAGCAGCAGCCCACUGCCGCCCCUGCCACCACCCCCGAGGCAGCGGUGCAGUCGAUGCCAGAACCAGCAACAGCAACGUAGGUCACCUCAGUGAAGGUGGAAGACCAGGAUGAGAGGGCGGCGGAGCUCAGCAGGGAGCAGAAUGAGAAGACCAUUCGCAGCACGCAGACGGCUCUCCGCAAUUUCCGAGAGUUCCUCAUCUCCAAGUACCCCUCUGAGACCCGGGAGAUCUACGUCAUCCCCUGCAAAGAGCUUGAUGCCUACCUUGCUUCCUUCUUUGUGGACGCCAGACAAAAGGAUGGGUCUGAAUAUGAGCCAAACAGUCUGGCCAACUAUCAGUGUGGGCUGGAGCGGUAUCUCAAAGAGCACAGAUAUGGAUACAGUAUUACGAGGGAUAAGGAGUUCAAAAGGUCCCAGGAAGCUCUAAAGCAAAAGCAGAUAGAGCUGAGGUGUAAAGGAAAAGGAAACAAGCCACACAAAUCCAUGAAGCUCACCUUUGCUGAUGAGCUUAUCCUGCGCAAAAGAGGCUUGUUGAGCCGGUACAAUCCUGAAGGGCUGCUGAACCUUGUCUGGCUAAACAACACUAAGGCGUUUGGACACUGCACAGGUUUCCAUGGGUCCACCCUCAAGUGGGGAGACAUCCGUCUGCGGGUGACAGAGACCGGGUUGGAGUAUCUGGAGUGGAUGGGGCCGGACAACGGAGAUGUCAACGCCAAGAGCAAGAGAGGUGGGACGGACUCCCGGGUGUACGCCACCCAGCACUCCCCACAGACCUGCCCCGUGCAAGACUACAAGGAGUAUGCCCAGAGGCGGCCUCCAGCCAUGCGCUACGAGGAUGCGCCUUUUUACCUGUCCAUCAAACCCGUUGUCAACUUGGCCGCGCUUCACUGGUACAAUUGCCAAGCCCUGGGGAAAAACAAGCUUGCCAAGAUGGUAAAGACGAUGUGCGAGAAAGGCAACAUCCCCGGCCGGAAGACCAACUUCAGUGUCUACCAGAGCUGUAGCACCCUCUCAGAAGCGCAGAGCAACCAGCUGGUGCUGAUCUGCAAUAACUUGAGCCAGCAGGCUGCCCAGUCCAUGGCAAGCCACUCCAAUACUGGCAACUUCAUAGUGUCAGCAUCCUAUGACUCUUCCUCUGACACGGCUUGA